AUGCCUAGCUUCGACGACUUCCACAUCUUUUGCAACCGAUAUAUUCUCCCUAUCCUAUUACACACUGUUAUCGGUCUCAACGCCAUCCAGUACUACGUUUUCCCCCAAGACUGUGCUCCAAAUGACCUGCUUCGCACCAGUAUGAACGCUUGCGUCAUACUUGCCCUAGACUGGCAUCAAAAGCGAGCCCCUGGCAAGCCCACUCCUAUCAAUGUAUGUCUGGCUAUGCUCAUGGCACUACUCCUGGCGCUAUUAUGUCUGGACACUCUGGAUGUUCUCGGCUAUUCCCCGCGACUUACAGGCGUGACCAGGGGCAUUUCGGACCAGCACAGUUGUCGACGUAUGACUGGCACCUUUGAUAGUAUCAAGUGGUCGUUCUAUGCUACUGGCCAGCACUGUAAUACGACGACGCAGGAAGCUACUGUUCAAGGUGCGAUCGCAGAGUACAUUCGGAAUGCAGCGAAUGGGACAAUCUGCGGCACCCAGUGCUUGCGUCUGGAUCAUGGCGGCACCUGGAACGGGUGGUUGAAGCUGGGCUCGGUCAGCAGUUUUAACGAGAAUGCCUACUGUGGUAUCGGCCUGCCGUUUGAUAAAUGUAUCUCUGGCGGAAACGAUGAUAUUUAA